CCUAAUCUCCCCCCUUUCCACCCCUAAACUAAGGGGUCGUUUGGAUGUGGAAAUUUGAAAACGUUGGAAUUUGUCUGAAUUUCCAUGUUUUACAAAACCAAGGAAUUGACUUGUGGAAAUUGAAAAAAAUUUCACGUUUGGAUAGGGUUUAGUUUUGUGGGAAUUGAUGGUGUGGAAUUUGGAAAAAGAAGUAAGAAAACGUGGUAAUGUCAAAUUACUAGGGGGAGGUGUAGUAUUCUCAAUUACCAUGAAUGUGGUAAUUGAAGCCAAUUUCCAUGGUCCAAUUCCCAUACCCUUUUUGCUCUCCCAAACGUGGGUUUUAAACCCAAUUACUGCGUUAUGUGGUAUUUGGGUCCAAUUACUGCAUUGAUUUCCACGUCCAAACGACCCCUAAAAUUGACUGGAGGAGCCGCAUCUUCUCCUCCUCCCACCAGAACAGCCAAAGCCGAUAUCUACGUGGCCAUACAAAUAGGAAAAGCCACACCACACACAAGCUCCAAGUCACCAACCACUGCUUCUACUGAUCGAUAAUAAUGGUUACUCCUGCUGCCGCUGACGUUGCUCACCUUUCACUUUCGCCCCCCUUCAAUUCUCCUUCUCCCUCCACCGUAUGGCUGGCCAUCAUUCUCCCUUGUCCAUCACUUCACCCCUAUUUCACCACCAAAACCCCCAAUGCUCCUUGAAAUGGCCAAAUCCCUUCACAAUUAAUCAAAUUUUCACAAACGCUUGGCCAGCAUCCACCUCUCUUGCACUGAUUCCACGUUCUUGCAAAUGGGUCCUCCGGAAAAUCGCUCCAAUCUCCAUACUUCAUUGAUCAACUCUUUGGGCUCUGCUUCAGAUGGCGGUACAGCAUCGCCCACUCUCUCCAAAACCGUAAUUGGGGUUCUGCAUUUGCUUGUUUCGCUUGGGAUUGUUCUGGCCGUGGAUAAGUAUCUGAACAUGGCGUUCGUGGCUGCUGCUAUCAAGUUCCCCAGUGCGUUGUUUGGGAUGUUCUGCAUAUUCUCGGUUCUCAUCAUUCUCGACACCGCUGUCCCAGCUGUUGCUGCCGCCGUCAUGAGCUUCUUCGAGCCUGCACUUCUCUUCAUCCAGAGAUGGCUUCCAUUGUUCUAUGUGCCCUCACUUGUUGUUCUGCCUCUCUCUGUGAAAGAUAUCCCUGCUGCUUCCGGUGUCAAGAUUUGCCUCAUUGUAGCGGUCGGGUGGCUGGCGUCUCUUUGUGUUGCGGGAUUCACUGCCAUUGCUGUGAGGAAAAUGGUUAAAACAGAAAUGACAGAUGCUGAGCCGAUGUCCAAGCCCUCUCCUUUCUCUGCAGUUGAGCUGUGUGUUUGGAUUGGAGUCUUUUUAGCAUCUUUUGGUGCUGCUUUUUUGUAUCCAACUUUGCUGGGGACGAGUGCUAGAACUUGCCUCCCCUUCUUGCUAGCAUCGACAGUUCUAGGCUACAUGAUUGGUUCCGGGUUGCCCGCUGGUCUGAAGAAAGUUUUCCAUCCGAUCAUCUGUUGUGCACUAUCUGCAGAUUUGGCGGCAUUUGCAUACGGUUAUGUCUCCAAAUGUGGAUUCGAUCCUGUUUUAGGUUAUUACCUUACGAAUGCAGCAAGUAAUCCUGGAGCUGGAGAUGUACUAAUGGGAUUUUUGGGAUCUGUUAUUCUUUCCUUUGCCUUCUCAAUGUUCAAACAGAAGAAGCUAGUCAAGAGGCAUGCAGCAGAAAUAUUUACCUCGGUCACCAUUGCAACGCUGUUCUCGUUGUAUUCGACAGCUUUUGCUGGGCGUCUUCUCCAACUAGAACCGACUUUGACCAUCUCUAUUAUUCCUAGAUGUAUUACUGUUGCAUUGGCCCUCAGCAUAGUUUCACUGUUUGAAGGAGCCAAUUCAUCUCUAACAGCAGCGGUGGUUGUAGUAACUGGUCUUAUUGGAGCAAAUUUCGUGCAAGCAGUACUUGAUAAACUGCAGUUACGUGAUCCCAUUGCUCGAGGAAUUGCCACUGCUUCCAGUGCUCAUGGACUGGGAACCGCAGCAUUGUCAGCCAAGGAACCCGAAGCACUGCCCUUCUGUGCCAUUGCAUAUGCUCUCACUGGGAUAUUUGGUUCCAUAAUUUGCUCUGUUCCCGUGGUCAGGCAAAGCUUGCUUGCAAUAGCUGGCUGAUGAUAGAGUACUCCGAAUUUCGACAUAGCAUAUAUAGACAGAGACAGGCAGAAAGCGGAGGCAUGCUGCAGUUGGUUGUCAUAUUCUUUAGUAGCUGGACAUACUGGAAAGAAAUGCCUUCAUUUUUCCUGUAUGAUGUAUCCAAUUCAUCUAUUGCCCUUUUUGAUUCAUCCUAUUAAAUUGAAUCUAAUUGUAUAGAACAGAUUCAACGAAAAGACAAAAUAGUUACCCUAUUUUGGAUAACCUGCUCUGGAAUUCGAGAAUUUGGUCAGGAAGCACAAGACAGUACCAUGGAUAUACGCAAAUUUAAAGAUCCACGAAUUAUAAAUGCAGAUUGUAUGA